AUGUCGACGCCCACAGUCGCCCCUCAACCGCCCACAUCGGCUCCAGCAAAUGCUCCAAGAGGGCAACAGUCACAAAGAGGAGGCGGCAGAGGCGGCAGAGGGAGGGGGAGGGGAAAUCGCAACGAUGCCGGAGCCCAUGCGCAACCUAACCCUGUAGCACCAGAGCUUGUGCCUACAUCUGUACAAGAAGCAGCACAUCGGGGUGGAAGAGGUGGACGUGGAGGACGAGGCGGUGGUCGGGGAAGAGGCGGCCCAGAUCGCCCUCAGCGAAUCGCUGCCGGCGGCCGCCAAUUCGGCGGGCAGUUGACUGUCGAAGGAGACACGGCAUCCGUGUCCUCAGAAUUGCCCCAAGGACUACAAGCGGACGCGCCCUCUUUCCAGCCAGGCAAGCCGGUUGCCCCCCGCAAGUCACGGCCACCAAAGCAAAAGCAGCCACAGGCCCCAAAGUCAACGGCACCCGAUAUUGCCACUAGAACACACGAGGAUAUCGAUAACGGACAUUACGAGUGCGCCAUCUGCACAGAAGAAGUCACAAGGCGAUCGCGGGGCGUCUGGUCGUGUAGGACAUGCUGGACCGUGUUCCACCUGGGGUGCAUCAAGAAAUGGUCAACCAACGAGGGUUCUGCAGCGGCACGCCAGCAAGCUCAAGACGGAGAGGCGCCUCCUCCGAGACAAUGGCGCUGCCCAGGAUGCAAUUUGCCAAAAGACGUUCUCCCAAAAAACUUCCACUGCUGGUGCGAGAAGGAACUGGAUCCUCGAUCUACACCUGGGCUGCCUCCGUUUUCGUGUGGUCAGACUUGCUCACGGCCACGGGUCCUUCCCAAGCCCUGCCCACACCCCUGUGGUUCAACAUGUCAUGCCGGCCCCUGUCCACCCUGUAAUCUGAUGGGACCAACUCAGCAUUGCUUUUGUGCAAAGAAGUCAGUGACGCGCCGCUGCGUCGACACCGACUACGAACACGGUUGGAGCUGUGGUGAUGUCUGUGGAAAAUCAAUGUCUUGUGGCCAACAUCGAUGCGAGCGACCAUGCCAUGAUGGCCCUUGCGGAGCCUGUGAAGAGCGGGUUCCAGCGCGUUGCUAUUGUGGUCAGAUAGAGAAAGACAUUCUGUGUCAUGACCGAGACGUCGAGAAGGCCAGCAGCCAACUGCACAUUGCUACAGACGGGACAACGACGGUGGAGAAUUGGGUCGGCUCAUUCCAAUGCCUCAACAAAUGUGGUCGCUCCUUUGAUUGCGGAAAGCACACCUGCGAACUGCCGUGUCAUCCGCAAGUCUCGAAAGCGCCCCAUUGCCCACGAUCUCCAGAUGUAGUUACCCAUUGUCCUUGUGGCAAGACUGCACUGCGCGACAUGCCAAGUAAGCCCCGAGCGGCUUGCGAGGACCCGAUACCCAACUGCAACAAGCCUUGUGGGCAGAUGCUUGCUUGUGGCCAUACAUGUCGGCAGCACUGUCAUCAAGGCGAGUGCCGACCGUGCUUGGAGAAAGUCGACAUUGCAUGCAGAUGCGGGCGCACAUCGUCCCAGAGUAUAUGUCACCAAGGCUCUGUAGAGCCUCCCCAGUGCAUGCGCGUCUGCCGUAUUUCCUUGAACUGCGGACGACACGAGUGUGGCCAACGCUGCUGCGCUGGAGAGAAAAAGGCUGCUGAGCGGCAAUCGAACCGACGCAAAGCUAGACCGCUCGACUCAGCCCCUCGCCGGCCUCUUGAGAAUUUCGAAGCUGAGCACAUCUGCACCCGCAGUUGUGGUCGCCCGCUCAAGUGUGGCAAUCCCGAACACCGCUGCCAGGAACUCUGUCACAAGGGCCCUUGUGGCACAUGUCGCGAUGCCAUUUUCGAAGAGCUCAGCUGCCAUUGUGGACGCACUAUUCUGUAUCCCCCUCUACCCUGUGGUACGAAACCACCGCCAUGCCGGUUCAAGUGUGAACGCCCCAAGGAAUGCGGUCAUCCUCAGUUGGACCACACCUGCCAUGAAGACGACCAGGCUUGUCCCAAGUGUGCUUUUCUGACUGCAAAGCCGUGUUUGUGCGGCAAGAGCGUUCUCAAGAACCAGCCGUGCUGGCUGAACGAAGUCCGCUGUGGCCAGGUUUGCGGUCGUACUCUCAAAUGCGGUACACACAAAUGCCAGAAGCAAUGCCAUCGACCCGGAGAGUGUGAAGAGCCCUGUACUCAAGCCUGUGGCAAAGAGCUCAGUACAUGUGGUCAUCCAUGCUUGGCUCCAUGCCACUUCCCUCAGCCAUGCAAGGAAGAGAAGCCUUGCCCACAUAAGAUCUUCGUCACCUGUGAGUGUCAAAGAAUCAAGCAAGAGGCCAAAUGCAAUGCUUCAUGCAGCGGCGAUGGCAACUUGAAGAAGACUCUCAAGUGCGACGAAGAAUGUGCGCGCCUAGAACGCAACCGUGUGCUGGCACUCGCUCUCAAUGUCGAUCCAGAGCACCAGAGCGACCAUAUUCCCUAUUCUGACGCCACGUUAAACAUGUAUCAGCAAAACGCUACCUGGGCGGCUACACAAGAGAAGCAACUGCGGCUUUUUGCUGCUGAUCCAGACCAGAAACGCCUUCGCUUCAAGCCCAUGCCACGCAACCAGCGCGCCUUUAUACACUCGCUCGCCGAAGACUUUGGUAUGGAUUCAGAGAGCAUGGACCCAGAGCCUCAUCGACAUGUCGCAAUCUUCAAGACACCAAAGUUUGUCAUGGCACCUAUGCGAACGCUCGCAGAAUGUGCACGUACUCGCCAGAUCCAACAGCGUAUCGCCCCUGCACCUGCUCCAGCGCCCGCUCCGACUGCAGCGCUCCGGCCAAAGCCUAACAAUGCGAAUGUCGACCCGUAUAAUGCAUUCCUCAUCCUCAAUCCUCGCUUUGCACUGACCAUAGAGGAACUUGCCCCUGUCGUCAAGAGCGUGCUAUCAAAAACAUCGUUUCGCUGCGAGCUAGAGAUGACAUUCCUUCCUGGUGAAGUCGUUGCGUUGAAGCCGCCGUUAGCGGCACGUCUCAGUAUUCCGGAACGCGAAAUGCAGACUAUGCUUGAAUCCAUCCAAGCACCGCUAUCACAAGCCUUGAGUGCACAGAGUAUUGGAAAGAUUCAGCUCGCACGCCUCGAUUCGACUCUUACAGUUCUUCGCAAAGAAUCUGAUGUGGGUCCUGGAUCUGGAUGGAGCCAAGUCGCUGCAUCCAAAGGUACUCCUCUACGGCAGGUACAGAAGAGCACACCAUUUGGUAACAAGGGCGGCUUUGCUGUUCUUAGUCUAAGCAGCAAGAAGAAGAAGAAAGAAGCCCCUGUCGAGGUGGCAGAAGAUUGGGAAGCAGCAGAGGAAGAGGAGGAGCAAAAAGAGAAGAGCGGUGCUAACAGUGGGGUUGCAAGUGAGGAUGAAGGUGGUGCGUGGAACACUUCUUCUACUGCGACAAAGGACGUUCCCGAGGCUUCUGAAUCCACUGCUGUUGGCGAGGAAAACAACGCUACGUCUUCGGAUGAUGCGCAUCUUACUAUCAAGCCUAUGCCGGGUCGUUGGGCAGAUCUUGAGGAUGACGAGUAGGUCCACCGGUCUGUGUACCAUGCAUACUCGGAGCUUUGCAGAGAUUUCAGAUCUGCCAGAACAAAAACUUUUAUAGAAAAAAUACGAAUGCC